AUGUCGAACCAGCAACCCGCGACCUCCGCGGCCCCUACCGCAGGACCUGACCCAAUCAAUGGUCUCAUGGCAGAGGUCACCAGGACCUCCUGCCUCGCAAUGAAGGUCAUUCUUGAGCGCCACAUCAAGACCGGUGAUGGUGUGGCUCCUGCCUAUGGACACCUAGUGGACGGAACCGCGGAGAAGACCAAUAGAGACAAGGGGGUACAGGUCAUCGAAGGCAUCAAUUCAGGCAAGGGAGUUUACUUCCGUCUGCCAGUGGAGUGUAAGCAGAGUUUGCCGGCCAAUCCAAAGGACUGCGCCCAUCGUCUCUUGUCAUGGAUUUACAAGCAUGCUGUGGUUCAUCGGAAGCUGGAGGAGGCUGAGGCCAGAUUGCAAGCCAUCAUCGCUGAGAGGACGCUCAACGAUAUGCGCCAACAGGUACGCCAGCAAGUUGCCUCGCGCGUGAACCCUCCCAUCGCACCAGCGCCACCUGCCGCCUUACCACCCCUUCCCGCCCGCCAGCACGGGGCCGGUAAUACCACAGCUCAGCCACCUCAGCCACCUCACCCGCCCACAACAGCAGGGCUCAACAUCCGUGCCAGACCAACUGCUCAUCCAGCUGUCCUUCCACCCCAGGUAGUCCGCGCAGGUGCCGAGCCGCAGGACAAUCGAGCAAAGGUGGGAAGCAAGCGCAAGAGAGACUUGGAGACUAAUCUGGAGAUCCUUAAGCUAAAGAAGGAGAAGAGAGAUGCGGAGUACAAGCUGGAGGAGGCGCUGAUCAAGAGGGAGAUUGGGCUGGCUGGUGAUGAUAAGUGA